ACCGGAGUUUUACAUCAGCAGAAGCUGCAGUAGCAGCCAUGGACAACAAAGAAGUGUCGGAUAUAGAGGGGAAAAAAAGCUUCUCAAAAUUGCUGCUAAGCGACCGAAAUUGUAACCACAGGUCAAUUAUGAUUCUUUGUGUCAAGCUCUUGCUCAGUCAUCUUCGUCAUCACCGUCUCACUCGGUUCCUCCAAAGUUACUAAGUUCGCAACAAGUAACAGCAGGUUCUCCACCACGUUUGUCACCAGCAUAUCCUUCGAAUGCUUCUCCUGCUUUUACUGAUAACAUUGUUUAUUCUACUGAGUUGAUGCAGAAUCCUGAUUCAGCAGUUCCGACUUCGCUAAUUUUCGACAACAUUUACUACGAUGAAAAUCCUACUGUAGCGCCUGAAGAAAUCAUAAACAAAAUCGAAGCAACAGAUGCUUCAAAUACGCUCACAUAUAUAUCAUUGACAGAGGAGUUAGAGCAUGUUAUUGGAGCAACUGUAAAGACAACGGUUGAUGAAGCUAUUAAAAAAGCCGUGCACACUUCUAUUCCGACAAUAAUUCAGUCUGCCGUGGAGCGUUCUAUGAAGCAAAGCUUUCAGGAAGGAUUUGCACAAUUGGCAGCUCUAAUGGAAAUGCAAAAACCAACGGGCAGUGCUGUCCAGAGUAGCGUGCUUGCCUAUGCUGAAAAGCAUGUACUUAUUCGUGACGAAAAGGAUCUCAACGAGUGGAACAUCAGACUUGCGAACAGAGAGAUUUUCGAAUGCUACGCCGACUAAUUCGGAGAAAUAAUCAUUCCCAAUGCAUACUACGGCCGUGGAGACAAUGCAUUUUACACUCUCGUAGAUUGUCUUUUCACACGUGAUUUUUGGAAACAAUUCACAUGGACGGGGAUAAGCCGCGGUGAAAAGUGCAAACGUGGAUUUCGCGAGUACGGCAACGUUACUCAGUUGUUGUUAUGCAUCAUACAAGUUGGCGAUCCCACUUAUAAUGCUCAGAUGAUUGAAGCGUUCUGCAAAACCAAACUUUUCCGUCAUUGCAAGCAACGAUCUGAUAGUCGAUUGCUUCGAAAAUCAACUGUCCGCCCGGGACGUGGUCGCAAAGGCGAGAAAGGAAACGACAAAGCGAAAAAAAGCGACAGAGGAGAACGAGAAGAGGAAAGAGAUAAAAGUGUUGAAGUAAGAGCCAACGAAGAAGAGGUCAAAGAUGCUAACGGAUAUGAUGAAGAAGAAGAUACUGAUCGGGAUGCUAGCUAUGAGGAAAGCGUUUGCGAAGAAAAUACUGGCAACGACUCGUGAACUUUCUCUCCUUAUUGUAUUUUCUCUUGGAUAUUCUGAUUUUGACUCAGCUGAAGAACUUGAAAUGUGAUCGAAAUGGACAACACAAAGAAAAAUAAAUAUUAUAGAUUCAGUGUUUUAUUUACAUA